AUGGAAAGAGCUCUGUUUGACAAUGAUGCAUAUGGUGCAAUUUCAUUUAUUUUAACAAUUGUUUUUGUCUGUAUAGCAGCUGUACUCUUGAUAAAUGUAUUAGUUGCGUUAUUCAAAAUUGAAAAGUUAGACAAAGAUAAACAAGCUGAUGAGGCAUGGGCUUAUCAUCGUUUUUUAUUAUAUGAAGAAUAUUCACGAAUAUCAAUACUGCCACCACCGUUUAGUGUUAUUCAAUAUUUAGGUGAAUUAAUUUUGACAAUUAUGAAAGUAUGCAAACCUCGAUCAUUAUGUGGAAUUAUGAUUACACCUAUAGCUAAUAUCACAGAAAUGGUGCCUGGUUUAGCAACACUUUCAUUUUUUGGCCUACAAACACAAAUUAUUGAUAAAGAAUCGCGUAAUCUAUUACAACCACCAUGUAAAGGCGAGCUUUGCAUUAAAGGUUCAUGGCCUGGACAAGCGCGUACAAUUUACAAUGAUUAA